AUGCUCAGUUCCCUCCGGCCAGUCCCUCCUUGCGCGGCCGUUUCGAGCCCGAAUGUCAAGCUCGACUUUGGGGACCUGAGAAUCCCGCACAUAUUUUCCAGGACUAGAUUAUUGACUAUGCGGGCAGGAAUGGCGCAGCUAGAGGGUUACUAUUUCUCGGCAGCCCUGAGCUGUACCUUUUUAGUGUCCUGCCUCCUUUUCUCUGCUUUCAGCCGGGCGCUGCGAGAGCCCUACAUGGACGAGAUCUUCCACCUGCCGCAGGCACAGCGCUACUGUGAGGGCCAUUUCUCCCUCUCGCAGUGGGACCCCAUGAUUACUACAUUACCUGGCUUAUACCUGCUGUCAGUUGGAGUGGUCAAACCUGCCAGUUGGAUCUUUGGAUGGUCGGAACACGUUGUCUGCUCCAUUGGAAUGCUCAGAUUUGUUAAUCUUCUCUUCAGUGUUGGCAACUUCUAUUUACUAUAUUUGCUUCUCCGCAAGGUGCAACCCAGGCACAAGGCUGCCUCAAGUAUCCAGAGAAUCUUGUCAACAUUAACAUUAGCAGUAUUUCCCACACUCUAUUUUUUUAACUUCCUUUAUUAUACAGAAGCAGGAUCCAUGUUUUUUACUCUUUUUGCCUACUUGAUGUGUCUUUAUGGAAAUCAUAAAACUUCAGCCUUGCUUGGAUUUUGUGGCUUCAUGUUUCGUCAAACAAAUAUCAUCUGGGCUAUCUUCUGCGCAGGAAACGUCAUUGCACAAAAGUUGACUGAAGCUUGGAAAACUGAGCUACUAAAGAAGAAAGAAGAGAGGCUUCCCUCUAUUAAAGGACCAUUUUCAGAAUUCAGGAAAAUUCUUCAGUUCCUUUUGGCUUAUUCCAUGUCCUUUAAGAACUUGAGUAUGCUUUUCCUUUUGACUUGGCCCUACAUCCUUUUAAUGUUUCUGUUUUGUGCUUUUGUGGUAGUUAAUGGUGGAAUUGUUAUUGGUGAUCGUAGUAGUCAUGAAGCCUGCCUACACUUUCCUCAGCUAUUCUACUUUUUCUCUUUUACUCUCUUUUUUUCCUUUCCUCACCUACUGUCUCUUAAGAAAAUCAGGUCUUUUCUUUGCUUAGUUUGGAAACGGAGAAUUCAGUUUUUUGUGAUUACUUUAGUCUCCAUAUUUUUAGUUUGGAAAUUUACUUAUGCUCAUAAAUACUUGCUAGCAGAUAAUAGACAUUAUACAUUCUAUGUGUGGAAAAGAGUUUUUCAAAGAUAUGAAAUUGUGAAAUAUUUGUUAGUUCCAGUUUAUAUAUUUGCUGGUUGGAGUAUCGCUGACUCAUUGAAAUCAAAGUCCAUAUUCUGGAAUUUAAUGUUUUUCAUAUGCUUAUUCACCGUUAUAGUACCUCAGAAACUGCUAGAAUUUCGUUACUUCAUUUUACCCUAUGUUAUUUAUAGGCUUAACAUACCUCUGCCACCUACAUCCAGACUUGUUUGUGAGCUGGGUUGCUAUGCAGUUGUGAAUUUCCUAACUUUUUAUAUCUUUCUGAAUAAGACUUUUCAGUGGCCAAAUAGUCAGGACAUUCAGAGGUUUAUGUGGUAAUAUCAGAAACAUCUUGAACUGUAAAAAUAGACUUAUUAUUUAGACUAUUUCCAUAAUGAAAACUAAGUAGAAAUUUUUAAAUUUCUUUUAGGCACCAUGGUGAUCCGCAGAUCACAUCAGAUUUUUUGUGCUUUAAAUAUCAGAAAUAUGUAUUUUAAUAUAUAUAUAUGUGAAAUAUGUAUAUAUAUAUACAUAUAUGUAUAUGUAUAUCUAUCUAUCUAUCUAUCUAUGACCCAAGGAAGUUAAAUGGUAAAGAACUGAGAAAAGUUUAAGACUUGCUCCAUAAGCCUGAAUAAUGAUGGGAAAUUAAAAUUAUUCAUAGCUAUCUCAUGAUAUUUCUUUGAUACUGUUGGCCACUCAAAAAGCUUGGAAACUUUUUUGUAUACAAGUUUAUUUAUUAAUUCUCAUCAGAAACAGUAGCAAAGUCUUUGAAAAAUAUUUACAAAUGAUUAGGUUAUAUUAUUGAUUGAAAAGUUGUUUAACAUUUUAGUAAAUAUAAUUUCAAUCAUAAGGUAAAAUAGACUCACAUAGAUAGUAAAUGUUAUAAAAUAGAGGCUCUUCUGUGUUUAUCUAAGAAUCAAGUUGUUGAUUUUUGUUAAAAAUCUAGAAAUGAUGAAGUCCUUUCCCUGUUCCUAAUAUGAAAUAUAUCAUGGGCAAAGAUAAAUUGUGUUGAUGAUAAUACCUUUUAAAAGGGGUUUUCUUUCUGAAAUACACUACUCUAUCAGUUUCCUUUGGCUGCCGUAACAAAUUGCCACAAAUUUGGCGGCUUAAAAAAAAUUUCAGGGCUUCCCUGGUGGCGCAGUGGUUGAGAGUCCGCUUGCCGAUGCAGGGGACACGGGUUCGUGUCCUGGUCUGGGAAGAUCCCACAUGCCGCGGAGCGGCUGGGCCCAUGAACCAUGGCCACUGAGCUUGCGCGUCUGGAGCCUGUGCUCCGCAAGGGAGAGGCCACAACAGUGAGAGGCCCGCGUACCGCAAAAAAAAAAAAAAAAAAAAAAAAUUUCAGAAUUCUGGAGGCCUACGAAGCCUAAAAUUAAGAUGUUAGCAGUGUUAGUUGCUUUUGGAGGCUGUAAAAGAGAAUCCAUUCCAUGUUUCUCUCCUACCUUCUGCAGUCCAUGGUGUUCCUUGGUUUAUAGAUGUAUUACUCCAGUAUCUGCCUUUGUCUUCACAUGGCCUUCCUCUCAUCUUCUUUCUCUUACAAGGACAAUGUCUGUGGAUUUAGGGCCCACCCUAAUCCAGGAUAAUUGUGUGUCCAGAUCUUUAACUUAAUUAUGUCUACAAAGACUCUUUUUCCAUAUAAGGUCAUAUUUACAGGUUCCAAGUUGACCUAUCUUUUUGUGGGGCACUUUCUAACCCACCAAAGUUACCAAAGGAGAUUUUACAAUAAAUUUCAUAAAACUUGUAGGAAAUAAAUUUUUGCUGAGAUAUUUUAAAUAAAAUUGCAUCUUUUCAGAGAGGUUAAAAACAAGUGACUUGCAGGGUCACAUAAUUAUAAAACUAAAAGUAACUGGUAUUUGAUUCCAUUAUCCAAAAAAUGUUAGAAUUUAAAGGAAGUUUAGAAAUUAUUUGAUCUAGUCUUAUUUUGUAGAUUAGGGAACAAAUGCUUGGGUAGGAUUUGGGGGGAUUAAUUUUGGAUUUUGUGUCUGCUAUUUGGAGUACAUUCAUUGGGUUGUCAUUCCCUUACUGAGAAGUAUUAUUUGGAUAUGCUAACGUUGACAUGUGAACUUAGAACUGUGACUAGAAUUCAUUUUUUAAUCCAGUUUUACAUUUGUAAACUUUUCAAUAACUGUGUGAACUGUCUUAAGUGUUGGAUUAUGCUUUCUCUGGAUUUUCAUUAAUGAGUGGAUUUGGAAGGUACUGUUCAUUUGCAAAUAUAAAAUUAUGCACAGGUAAAAAUACAAGUGUAGUCUUGAGUAGUAAAUGUAAAGUCUUUGGUUUUACACACUCUUUGGGGCCAAGCAGUACUCUAUUUAGUGCUUAGAAAGUAGAUUUACUCUUUAGUUGUAACAGUGACUGUAGGACAAAUGUUUUUACCGAAACUUUUUUUUAAUUAGACAAGAAAGCACACUCAAAUAGUUAUUUUAUAAUGGAGAUAUGAAGUCAAAAUUCUCCCCAAAAUGUGCAAUUUAGGAAAAACAAAUUUCUUGUCUGAUACCAUUGGUGCAAGGCUUUUGUUUUUUAGGCAUAUUUCUGAGACAAAAAAAAAAAAACCUUUUUCUCUCUAGUCUGACAAGAAGGAGGAAACUAUUCUACUCCAUGUAUUAAAGGAAUCAUUGUUCUAAUUCAUUUUUAAGUGUUGAGUCCCUGCCCUUUUAAGAGAUCUUUUGGAAUGCUGUGAAUUAAAAGGUGCUCUACAGAGCUGCUUUUAGAAACAUCCUGAAGUUAUAUAUGUUUUGAAUAUUUUUCAAGAGUUACCAAAUAGAUAUGUUUGAUAUUAUUUUUUAAAAAAUUAGACUUAAAUGAAUCUUGAUUAGAAGGUAAUUCUUUAAAAAAAAACAAAAACAAGUAUUGAUAAGCUAGAGGCCCUGUGGGGCCUUGCAGUUAUUGUUAUUAAAGUCUGUAAAUGGUUUUUUGUGUUUUGGUUUUUUUUUGCGGU